GAAAAUAUAUCAAAAAUAGUUUAUAAUUUUAAAAUAUACUUGUGGUAUAUUAUAGUAUAAUGAAGUGUAGUAAAAAAAAUGUGUUUACUUUUUUUAAGAAAUAAAUAUCUGUUAGAGAUCACUGAUUACAGUAGCGUCAGUAUUCUGCGCGGCCUAUGAUAUUAAAUAUUGCGGCAGUUUAUCAACUCUUAUUAGUACGGGCCUAAUACAAAAUAGUUAUAUAAAAUUUAAUUUAAUGGCGAAUAAUAUAUUUUACUUUUAAUAUUAAUUGAUUGUUUUAAAAAGUUGUGAUUAAUAAAUUGUUAAUAUUACUGUAAAGUAUUAUAGUGCAAGUGUUUUAAUGGUACGUAAUUUCAUUUAAAAACGUUAUAAUAACAAAGUUUUUUUAUAUUAUACUAACGCCAUGGGCGAAGAUAAAGAAAGGGAACGUGAUCGGGACAGAGGAGAACGUGAUAGAGAUAGAAGUGAUAGACGUCGACGUUCAAGAUCUAAAGAUCGUGAUCGCCAUAGAAGACAUCGCUCUAGAAGUCGUGAUGGACGUAAACGUAGUCGAUCUAAGUCACCCAAAGCAAAAUCUAAACGUAGGAAACCUUCCUUAUAUUGGGAUGUUCCACCUCCUGGUUUUGAGCACAUAGCUCCUCUUCAAUACAAAGCAAUGCAAGCUGCUGGACAAAUACCAGCAAAUACAAUGCCAGACACUCCUCAAACAGCGGUACCUGUUGUUGGGUCAACAAUUACAAGACAAGCAAGGCGUUUAUAUGUUGGAAAUAUACCAUUUGGAGUAACUGAAGAUGAAAUGAUGGAGUUUUUCAAUCAACAAAUGCAUCUCUCUGGUUUAGCUCAAGCUGCUGGUAAUCCUGUACUGGCAUGCCAAAUCAAUUUAGAUAAAAACUUUGCAUUCUUGGAGUUUAGGUCUAUUGAUGAAACUACUCAGGCAAUGGCCUUUGAUGGUAUAAACUUUAAAGGCCAGAGUUUAAAAAUCCGACGUCCACAUGAUUAUCAACCAAUGCCUGGCAUAACAGAAAGUAAUCCUGUUAGCUCUGGAAUGACUUUAGAUAUGAUGAAGUAUGACUCCAGUUCAUUUGGUAUUGGAACAGUUCCAGAUUCACCCCAUAAAAUAUUUAUUGGUGGCCUUCCUGCAUAUCUUAAUGACGAUCAGGUUAAAGAAUUAUUGACAUCAUUUGGUCAGCUAAAAGCUUUCAAUCUGGUAAAAGAUGCUGCUACAGGUCUUAGUAAAGGUUAUGCCUUUUGUGAAUACGCUGAUGUUAUAAUGACUGAUCAGGCAAUUGCUGGUCUAAACGGAAUGCAAUUAGGCGAAAAAAAAUUAAUAGUACAGAGAGCUAGUAUAGGAGCCAAAAAUCCUGGUCUUAUACAAGCCCCUGUUACAAUUCAAGUUCCAGGAUUAACAGUGGUUGGAACUGCUGGCCCACCUACUGAAGUUUUAUGUUUGUUGAAUAUGGUAACACCUGAUGAAUUGAAAGAUGAAGAAGAAUAUGAAGAUAUUUUAGAGGAUAUUAGAGAAGAAUGUAAUAAAUAUGGUGUAGUACGAUCAUUAGAAAUUCCAAGGCCCAUAGAAGGAAUUGAUGUUCCUGGAUGCGGAAAAGUAUUUAUUGAGUUUAAUGCUACAACUGAAUGCCAAAAAGCACAGCAAGCUUUAGCUGGGCGAAAAUUUAAUAAUAGAGUGGUAGUUACAUCAUUUAUGGAUCCUGAUAAAUACCAUCGAAGAGAAUUUUAGUUGCUUACAGAAUAAUUAUAAUUUGUGGUGUGGUCUUAAAUGUUUAAUUUCCUUUAUUUGUGAAGUGACUUAAAAUAUAUAUAAGUUAUAAGUUCUUUUCCAACAUUUUUUAUCAACUAAAUUCAUUUAUUUUAAUUCUACAAUUUUUUCCCAGAAAAAAUUUAAUUAAUGUCUUUUUAAAUAAAUACCGAUGUAAUAAUUUUAUGACAAUUAUAAAUUGUAAGCUGAAUUUUCAA